AUGCAGCAAGUCUAUGUGCCUAAGAAGGUUGAGGUUCCCGUUGUUUCUCCACCAAGAGCUAGGCCUCAAUCGGUCAUCACAAUUGGCUCCAUGGAAGCUCCUGUCAUUAAUCAUGAUGGGCCGAUUGUAAUUGAAGAAAUUCUAGCAUCUAAGCAAGAUGAAGCUCCCAAAGAUGUUGCUGGAAUUGAAGAAAAGAAGCACUUCGAAGGAGAUUCAAAGUAUCGGCAACCCAUAUGGUGUCCUCGUGGGUUGAAUAAAACUCAAAGGUGUAAGUUGCAGCGUGCCCAACAUAAGCAACAGAAGAGGGAGAAGCUUGACAUGAUGUCGGCUAAGCCGACUCCUGUGCUGAGUCAGUCGGCUAAGCCAACUUUGCCUGCCCCUGCCACCCUAGAUGUGCCAGAGUCAGCUAAGCCGACUUCCCCUGCUGAUGCUGCUCUAGGAAGCCCAGAGUCGGCUAAGCCGACUUUAGAGUUGGCUGAGCCAACUCCUGCUGUCUCAGGUGCCUCCGAGGUGUCCUCUAAUGAUUUUGCUACUACCAUUGCUGCCCUAGUUGGCAUGGAGGUCCCUGAGGUUCUCGAUGAGGAGAUAGUUGACUAUGAGGCCACCCCGAAAUGA